ACGGAUCAGCAUCAGGCACAGAGACUCGAAGAGAGGAGAACGAAGGAGUACGCAGGGAAAAACUCAGAGUUCACACCCACCCGUCCCUGGGCUCCCGUCGCCCCAAGCACAGCACAGCACAACACCGGAGGCCAGACCGCACCAUACCACACCACACCAGACCACACCAACAACAACAGCACAUCUGAUGCAGCGUCUACCGCUUCCUUGCCUGCCUCUGUGUCCUCUCAGAGCUCUUCUCCCUGCGCUCCUGACCUUCCUCCGAGCUUGAUCCUGCGGGUAUCAUUCUCCCAUCCAUCUUCCGCUGGCCUUUUCUCUCAGCCCGCCAUCUGAGGACCAAUCUGCCCACUCAAUCCUCCUCGACUUCGCUUGCCUUGCCUUGCCUAGCCUAGCCUUGCCUUGCCGACUGACCACUGCCUCACUGACUUUCCCACACUCCUUAUUUACCAACUUCCAAGCGAACCCGCUGCUCCAGAGUUCAGUGCAAGCUCUUGUCAUGUGCGCUCGGCCUUCUUAGGUAGAUAAGAGCGCUCGGAUUCCGCUGUGGUGUGCCUACACUGAUAACCUGCUGGAAAUCAAUUGCUAGCUGUUAACCAUGAUCUUGUGCUUUCUCCGAUCUCCUUCGGACUUGUGUCGAUAGACAGUGAGUGAGUCACUGCGGCAGUGCUCGAUUUGGUCGAAGGACGUUUGGGCCAUCAGGGGGAAGGUGGAGGUGUGUAUCGUAUGGAUGAACGUAGUGGAAUUAGUGCGGUGAAGUAGAUCGGGUCGCCGUGUAUUCAGUCUAUCUUCGCUUCUAGCAUUCUUCAGGGGUUCGUGAUGUCGGAAUAGAGUGCCACUCCCGACUCUGUGAGUAGAGCUGGAAAGGUACAACAGCUCGUGGCUGGCUGCUCGGUUGGAUUCCUUCUUGAGGCCUUGUGCGGAUUCGGUCUCGGACUGCUUAGCCCCGUUUGUGUCCGAGUAGAGUGCGGAUUGGAGAGCAGCGCGGAUCGGAAUUUGCAGAGCAAGCGAUAGAGACGACAGGUGGGAAACAGAGGCCGUGGAGGCUUGUAGAAUUGAGUGGAUUCACAGCGAGGGUGUUGACACAAGGUCGAGGCUCAUGGUUCGCUAGUGGUCGUCAGGUACUUUAAUGUCGAGAUGUUAGGAGUCAUGGCUGCUGGUUCACCAGCACUUUCUGGCAUGGGGCCACAAGGCUCCGAGGAGGGUUCCAAAAAAGUCCGCAAACCGUACACUAUCACCAAGUCUCGCGAGAGCUGGACAGAGCAGGAGCACGACAAGUUUCUCGAAGCACUCCAACUGUUCGAUCGGGACUGGAAGAAGAUCGAGGCGUUCGUCGGGUCCAAGUCCGUAAUUCAAAUCAGAAGCCACGCGCAGAAGUAUUUUCUCAAGGUGCAGAAGAACGGCACGGGCGAGCAUGUGCCGCCUCCGCGACCUAAGCGGAAAUCAGCGCAGCCGUAUCCCCAGAAGGCGCCCAAGGCUGUGUCAGCAGUUCAGCAGCCCGGUGUUCUGGCGCGCACAUUGAACCCCCAGCCGACGCAAUCCGAGCCUUGCUUGCCGAGGCGAGGCAAUUUUCAAAGCUGCAGCAUCGGGAGCAACUCUGGGAGCUGGCAGUACCAUUCCAUGCCGCCGGUGGUGCCCAUCACCACAGAUCUCCGAGCCACUCCUGAUUUUGCCGAGGUUUACAAGUUCAUCGGGAACGUGUUCGAUCCCGGCAUGAACAGCAACCACAAUCUGAAGAAGUUGAAAGAGAUGGCCCCAAUCGAUCGCGAGACCGUGCUUCUGCUGAUGAGGAAUCUCUCCAUCAACUUGUCCAGCCCCGAGUUCGAAGAGAGGAAAUUGUUCAUGCCCGCAUUCGAGGCCAAUCCGGAUGCCGCCAGACCAGAUUCCUCAGAUCAGCACCUGGCGAUGCUUUCCGCCACGCAACCGCCCUCGGACGGAGGAGACGAUGAUGCUGCGUUUUCUGGACAACCUUCUUCAAACCAUCAGAGUGAUAGUGGAGACUCGGAUUCACAAGUGGACCCCAGCCAUGGCCAAACUCGAGUUUUGCCAUCCUACUCUGACGGUCCCAUGGAUGUCGCUGAGCACCGGCGGCUGACACAUGAAGGAGGGAGUAGAAGCGUAGACUCAGUGUUACCCAUAGCUCCUUACCCCGGAUUGACAUCUUCAAGGCCGAUGACGGACAAUUCCUCAGCUGGAGCUCAUCGGUCCAUGGGUCUGCACUCGCAUCCUCACAUGGCAUUUUCUGGUAGAGCAGACGUGGGGUUUGGGAUGCCGCUGCCCACUUUGACGCCAGGUGUAGUGGGGGAAGGCAACAUCGAUAACUGGUGGAGCUAGCAGCCAGCGGCCUUCAUCAGACGCCUGUGCUGUUUUUCCUUAGCUUAAAUGUGUACUUUUAUUCUUACAUUUAGCCACUUUUGCCAGGAUGAUGUCCUCGUCCUGCUUGUGAAAUAAGGCCUAUGCAGAUAGUUAGUUGUAUAGGGGACGAUUAUGGAAAAGCUUGUGAAAAGGUGGAGUACUGUUUGUAGUAGUGUCGGUACUGGAUUCUUUCAGCCUACAGUAGCAAGGCCAACUGAAGAGUGUGUUAUAGUCCUGCGGUGGUGUGAAACAAAUUGGUCUCCAUUCGAGCAAUAGCCUCGGAAAUUUUAGAAAUCAAAUGUACAUUACCAGUUGCCGAAAAUAUGUUCAUAUGUUGUACACUUCCUACGAAGAAAUUGAAGUCGAUUGCUCAUCUUUCUGGCCUCGGCUCUUAUC